UCGUGUUGUUAUUAUAGGUGAACAAAUUAAAAGGAACAUUUUAUCGAUAUUAAACGCGUGUAAUUUAAGUGAUACGUGAUUUGUUUGCUUAAUGUCAAUACAGCGUGGAAUGUAUUCCAUUUUUGAGUGAUAGGUUGCCGUAUUGGUGUUUCGCGCGGAAACGACAGUCGCUGCGCAUAAAGGCGGGAAGACGUUCCCUUUUCGGUUUAUUUUUUUUUUUUAAUUUAUUUUAUUCCAUCAAAUGGCUGUGAUAGUGUUGUGAUGUGUUACCGGUUUUAUUUUUGAUGUUAACAAUUGCGUUAAUCGUUGGAGUUGUUUUAAUUUGCUAUUUAUUUAAGUUUUUUGUUAAAUCCUCCGAGGAGGCCAUUUCUUCAAGCAACAAGAUGUCGGAACAGGAGCAAGCGCGCUGCUCCUCCAGCGAGAGUGACAAUUUCGAGAAGAUUGACUCCGAAGAGGUCAGGCAGGAUGAAAAUGGCGAGCCUAUAAAGUUCGUGGUAGAUAAUGAGCCGGAGUCCCCUGAUGCAGCCACGGAGGAGGAUGGGCCAGCGCACGAGGGCCGCGACUCGUUCCCCAACGCGCCGCCGCCCAACAUCCGGCGGAGACUCACUCCUGCGCAGCAGCUCGCGCUCGCCGAAAAACGAGCUAAGCUCAGACCCUCUAUGUCUCAAGGCACGGUCGUGCACAGCCAUCGCUUCCAAGAGAAGGACUUUACAGUCGCCACGCCUGAGGAGUUUGUACGCCGCUUCCAGGGAACUAAGCCCAUCAAUAAGGUGUUAAUCGCGAACAACGGUAUUGGCGCUGUAAAAUGCAUGAGGUCUAUCCGAAGAUGGUCCUACGAGAUGUUCAAGAACGAACGAGCUGUCCGCUUCGUUGUCAUGGUGACUCCAGAAGACCUGAAGGCCAAUGCGGAGUACAUAAAGAUGGCGGACCACUACGUGCCCGUGCCCGGGGGAUCCAACAACAACAACUACGCGAAUGUGGAGCUCAUCGUCGACAUCGCUAUAAGGACCCAAGUUCAGGCGGUAUGGGCAGGCUGGGGCCACGCGUCGGAGAACCCGAAACUGCCCGAGCUGCUCCACCGCGCCGGCGUGGUUUUCAUCGGUCCCCCCGAGAAGGCUAUGUGGGCGUUAGGAGACAAGAUCGCCUCGUCCAUUGUCGCCCAGACCGCUGACAUACCAACAUUGCCCUGGAGUGGUAGCGAACUGAAAGCGGAGUACAACAGUAAGAAGAUCAAGAUAUCCUCGGAACUGUUUGCCAAGGGAUGUGUCACCACACCCGAGCAGGGUUUGCAGGCUGCUCAGAAAAUUGGGUUCCCGGUGAUGAUCAAGGCUUCGGAGGGUGGCGGCGGCAAGGGCAUCAGGAAGGUGGAGAACCCAGACGACUUCAAUAACAUGUUUCGACAGGUUCAAGCGGAGGUGCCCGGCUCGCCGAUAUUCGUGAUGAAGCUAGCCAAGUCCGCGCGGCAUCUGGAGGUGCAGCUGUUGGCAGACCAGUACGGCAACGCCAUAUCUCUGUUCGGGCGCGACUGCUCGAUCCAACGUCGCCACCAGAAGAUCAUAGAAGAGGCGCCGGCGGCCGUCGCCAAGCCAGACGUCUUUAUUGAGAUGGAGAAGGCUGCGGUCCGCCUAGCCAAAAUGGUGGGCUACGUAAGCGCGGGCACAGUGGAAUACCUGUACGACCCUAGCAGCGGCUCCUACUACUUCCUCGAGCUCAACCCUCGCCUGCAAGUGGAGCAUCCUUGCACUGAGAUGGUGGCCGACGUAAAUCUGCCCGCCGCUCAACUGCAGAUCGCAAUGGGGUUGCCUCUCUACCAAAUCAAGGACAUCCGCCUCUUAUAUGGCGAGUCUCCGUGGGGUAUGACACAGAUUGACUUCGACGAGCCCAAGCAGCGGCCGUCGCCGUGGGGUCACGUCAUCGCCGCUAGGAUCACCUCCGAGAACCCUGAUGAAGGUUUCAAACCUUCAUCGGGAACCGUACAAGAGCUGAACUUCCGUUCAUCAAAGAACGUAUGGGGCUACUUUAGCGUGGCGGCGUCAGGAGGGCUGCACGAGUUCGCUGACUCGCAGUUUGGACACUGCUUCUCAUGGGGCGAGACCAGGGAGCAGGCCAGAGAGAAUCUGGUGAUAGCCCUCAAAGAGCUGAGCAUCCGGGGCGACUUCCGCACCACCGUGGAAUACCUCAUCACGCUGCUGGAGACCAGCUCCUUCCAGGACAACAACAUUGACACCGCCUGGUUGGACGCCCUCAUCGCUGAGAGGGUACAAUCGGAGAAGCCAGACAUAAUGCUGGGCGUGAUCUGCGGCUCAAUCCUGAUAGCUGACAGCAUAAUUACUGCCCAUCUCCAGGAGUUCAAGAGUGCGCUAGAGAAGGGUCAAAUCCAAGGGUCAUCGCAGCUGUCGAACAACGUGGACGUGGAGCUAAUCCACGAGGGUACGAAGUACCGCGUGCAAGCCACCAAGUCUGGCCCCACCUCAUACUUCUUGGCUAUGAAUGGCAGCUUCAAGGAGCUGGAGGUCCAUAAGCUUACUGAUGGAGGCACUCUGCUGUCAGUAGACGGCGCGUCUUUCACGACCUACCUGAAAGACGAAGUGGAUAAGUACAGAAUUGUGAUUGGCAACCAGACCGUGGUCUUCGAGAAGGAAAAGGACCCGUCGAAGCUGCGCGCGCCGUCUGCUGGCAAACUGAUCAACUGUCUGGUCGAGGAUGGUGGACAUGUUGCCAAGGGACAGCCUACUGCUGAGAUUGAGGUGAUGAAGAUGGUGAUGACAUUAUCGGCCCCAGAGUCCGGCAAAGUGACGUGGAACCUUCGACCUGGUGCUGUGCUCGAGAUGGGCUCGCUGAUGGGCACCCUUGAGCUGGACGACCCCUCGCUGGUGACAACGGCGCAACCCUACAAGGGCCAGUUCCCUCUGGAUGACGGGCCCACAGUCUCGGACAAACUGAACCAUGCGCACAACAAGUUUAGGUCCAUAUUGGAGAACACACUUGCUGGUUUUUGCCUACCCGAGCCCUACAAUACGCCGAGAUUGCGUGAAGUGGUCGAGAAGUUCAUGCAGAGCUUACGUGACCCAUCACUGCCACUCCUGGAGUUGCAAGAGGUCUUAUCGUCAACGUCGGGCCGCAUCCCAAUCUCGGUUGAGAAGAAGGUCCGGAAGCUGAUGGCUUUGUACGAGAGGAAUAUUACCAGCGUCUUGGCGCAGUUCCCCAGCCAGCAGAUCGCUAGUGUCAUUGACCACCACGCCGCGUCCCUGCAGAAGCGCGCCGACAGAGAUGUGUUCUUCAUGAGCACACAGGCUUUAGUUGUCCUCGUGCAGAGAUACAGGAACGGUAUCCGCGGCAGAAUGAAGGCGGCAGUCCACGACCUGCUCAAACAAUACUACCAGGUCGAGAGCCACUUCCAACUCGGUUCCUACGACAAGUGCGUGAUGGCGCUCCGUGAUCGCUACAAGGACGACAUGCAGGCCGUCGCCAACAUCAUAUUCUCACAUAACCAGGUCGCCAAGAAAAAUUUGCUGGUGACCCUCCUAAUAGACCACCUUUGGUCUAACGAGCCUGGUCUCACUGACGAACUAGCUGCCACACUGAAUGAGUUGACAUCCCUGCAUCGCGCCGAGCACAGUCGCGUGGCGUUGAGGGCUAGGCAGGUGCUCAUAGCGGCGCACCAGCCCGCUUACGAGCUGCGCCACAACCAGAUGGAGUCCAUCUUCCUCUCCGCCGUGGACAUGUACGGGCACGACUUCCAUCCGGAGAACCUGCAGAAGCUGAUCCUCAGCGAGACCAGCAUCUUUGACAUCCUACACGACUUCUUCUACCACACCAAUGCCGCGGUAUGCAACGCGGCUUUAGAGGUUUACGUGCGUAGAGCUUACACUUCGUACGACAUCACGUGUCUGCAGCACCUCGCGCUGUCCGGCGAGCUGGGCGUCGUGCACUUCCAGUUUGUGCUCCCCACAGGACAUCCCAACAGGAUCCCCCUCAGCCAAUCGGAGAUCGAGCUGGCAUCAGCUCAAGACCAGGAAGGGUGUCCCGCGGAGCUGAGCUCAGCGGCCCAGAGGAAGUGCCACCACCGCACCGGCGCUCUCGCCUCGUUCGAGAGCUUCGACCAGUUCACGCAGUACGCUGACGAGCUCCUCGACCUGGUGCACGACUUCGCCAGCUCCGCUACUGUCAGACGGGAGGAUCUGCAGGCUCUGCAGGAGGGCAGCGAGAGCCGAGACAGCACCAGCAUCAACGUAGGUGACUACAAGGCCAACAUCGACGCUGAUGAAGUGCCCCUGGAGCCGAUCCACAUCCUAAUGAUCGGGGUCCGCGACACCGGUGAGACAGACGACAGCGCCGUCGCGAGACGCUUCGGUAACUUCUGUCGUGCGCACAGGCACGAGCUGCAUCAGAAGCGUAUACGCAGGAUCACCUUCAUGUCUCUUAUCAAACGUCAAUUCCCCAAGUUCUUCACGUACCGCGCCCGCAACGAUUUCACCGAGGACACGAUCUACCGCCACCUGGAGCCGGCGUCCGCGUUCCAGCUGGAGCUGUACCGCAUGAGGAGCUACGAGCUGGAGGCGCUGCCCACCAGCAACCAGAAGAUGCACCUGUACCUCGGGAAGGCCAAGGUGAAGAAAGGGCAGGAGGUCACCGACUACCGGUUCUUCAUCCGGUCCAUCAUCCGGCACCAGGACCUCAUCACCAAGGAGGCCAGCUUCGAGUAUCUGCAGAAUGAGGGCGAAAGGGUGCUGUUGGAAGCGAUGGACGAACUAGAGGUGGCAUUCUCCCACCCACUGGCCAAGAGGACCGACUGCAACCACAUCUUCCUCAACUUCGGACCCACCGUCAUCAUGGACCCUGCCAAGAUUGAAGAGUCGGUGCUGGGCAUGGUGAUGCGGUACGGACCUCGGUUGUGGAAACUGCGCGUCUUGCAGGCCGAGAUUCGAUUCACGCUCAGAAUUGGCCCUGGAGCGCCCACAAAGAAUGUCCGCCUGUGCCUGUCGAACGGCUCGGGAUAUUCCCUGGAUGUGUAUACUUACGAGGAGGUGUCUGACCCCAGGACCGGAGUGAUAAUGUUCCAGUCGUACGGCCCAAAACAAGGUCCCAUGCAUGGUCUGCCGAUCUCCACGCCAUACGUCACCAAAGACUAUCUGCAGCAGAAGAGAUUCCUGGCGACGUCCCAAGGCACGACGUACGUUUACGAUAUCCCGGACAUGUUCAGACAGAUCGUCGAGAAGAGAUGGAGGGAGUGCAUCGAGGAUGGCAGCGUUGAUGGUCCCCCUCCGGAUACGGUUAUGUCUAGCGUGGAGCUGGUGGUGGAACCUGAUGGUGAACGCAGGGUGGUGGAGGUCACCAGGCUACCAGGACAGAACACUGUUGGCAUGGUCGCUUGGCGCAUGACCCUCUUCACGCCAGAGGUCCCCAGAGGUCGCGACAUGAUCCUGAUCGCCAACGACCUCACACACUACAUGGGGUCGUUUGGACCUCAAGAGGACUGGGUUUAUUACCGCGCUUCGCAGUACGCUAGGGAGCUUAAGAUUCCAAGGAUAUAUGUGAGCGUCAACUCCGGCGCACGUAUCGGCGUGGCAGAGGAAGUGAAGUCGGAGUUCAACGUGGCGUGGGUGGACGCGGAGCGCCCUGAGAGAGGGUUUAAGUACUUGUACCUCACGCCGGAGUCUUACUCUAAGCUCGGACCCCUGGGUUCAGUCAAGACCCAGCUGAUUGAAGACGAGGGGGAGAGCAGAUACAAGAUUACAGAUAUCAUUGGCAAGGAAGACGGCCUGGGCGUGGAGUGCCUGCGCGACGCGGGGCUGAUCGCGGGCGAGACCGCGCAGGCGUACGAGGACAUCGUCACCAUCUCCGUCGUCACCUGCCGCGCCAUCGGCAUCGGAUCCUACGUCGUGCGUCUCGGCCACAGAGUGGUUCAAGUGGAGUCCUCGUACAUCAUCCUAACGGGCCACGCGGCGCUGAACAAGGUGCUCGGGCGCGCCGUGUACGCCAGCAACAACCAGCUGGGUGGCGUGCAGAUCAUGCACAACAACGGGGUGUCCUCCGCCGUGGCGCACACCGACCUCGACGCCAUCAAGACCGUUGUCACGUGGCUGUCUUACGUGCCCAAGGACAAAUUGAGCACAGUGCCAAUAAUGCGCACAGUGGACCCAAUAGACCGACCGGUGGAGUGGGUGCCUACCAGAGCCCCCCACGACCCGCGGUUCAUGCUCGCCGGAGACGGCACUAAGGCUGGGUUCUUCGACGUCGGCUCCUUCGACGAGGUCAUGAGGCCCUGGGCACAGACUGUCAUCACCGGUCGCGCCCGUCUGGGCGGCAUCCCGGUGGGGGUGGUGGCGGUGGAGACCCGCACGGUGGAGCUGACGCUGCCGGCAGACCCCGCCAACCUGGACUCCGAGGCCAAGACCGUCCAGCAGGCCGCACAGGUGUGGUUCCCCGACUCAGCGUAUAAAACAUCUCAAGCCAUCAACGACUUCUCGCGCGAGAACCUGCCCAUCAUCAUAUUCGCCAACUGGCGAGGGUUCAGCGCUGGACAGAAAGACAUGUACGAACAAAUCCUGAAGUUCGGCGCGGAGAUCGUGCGCGCCCUGCGCGGGGCCACGGCGCCCGUGCUGGUGUACAUCCCGCCCGGCGCCGAGCUGCGCGGCGGCGCCUGGGCCGUCGUCGACCCCAGCGUCAACGCCACGCGCAUGGAGAUGUACGCCGACAACGAGGCCAGAGGAGGCAUCUUGGAACCGGAGGGCACAGUAGAAGUCAAGUUCAAGCCCAGAGAUAUCCUCAAGACCAUGCACAGGAUGGACCCCGAGCUGCUCAGACUAGGAUCCAGAAUAUCAGAAUUAAAGGAACAAAUUAAGGAGAUAUCGAAGAACUUAGACAGAAGAGGCUCCGUCGACGACGCCAUCAUCAAGACUGACGCGGGUAAACAAGCUGAAUCCAAAGUACGCGAGUUGGAAACGGAACUUUUGGCUGCCGAGAAGACGGUGAAAGCGCGGGAAAAGGAACUCAGCCCCAUAUAUCAUGAGAUCGCCGUCCAAUUCGCCGAAUUACAUGACACUGCUGAAAGAAUGUUAGAAAAGGGCUGCAUAUUUGACAUAAUCCCGUGGCGCGAGUCCCGGCGCCUGCUGCACUGGCGCCUCAAGCGGCUGCUGCGGCAGAACGAGCAGGAGCGCCGCAUCCAGGCCGCCGGCGUGCUGCCCGCCGCGCGCAUGGACCACGGCGCCGCCGCCGCCACGCUGCGGCGCUGGUUCGCCGAGGACCGCGGGCAGCCGCAGUCGCACCAGUGGGAGCACGACAACGAGGCCGUGUGCCGGUGGCUGGAGGCGCAGGCCGGCGACCCUGCCUCCGUGCUCAACACCAACCUCCGCGCCAUCAGGGAGGACAACGUGUUGCACACAGUCAACUCGCUUGUUAUGGAACUAACGCCGGCGCAGCGCUCGGAAUUCAUUAGAAAGCUGUCGGCCUUAGAACUCAACCAAUAACAUGCCCGUGAUCAACAUCGGACGUCGCCGAACCAAUAGUAACUUAAUAGAGAACAAAUUUGUAGGUAAUUUGAAAUAGGUAAUCGGGUUUUUGGAGGGAUUUUAAUAAGAUCGUUAUUAAGAUCGAUACUGAUAUCGAUUAACAUACAUACAUAAACUCACGCCUGUUUCCCACCGGGGUAAGCAGAGAGCGUGGCAUAUUGGUAGGAAACACUAUAUUUUACCAAUGGUUGCUUAUACACGGUGUUACUCACAUCGUAACGAAAACUUUGAGGGAUGCUUCAGACCGUUAUUCUGAAGUUAUCAAGUGGAAUUUUCCGUCGCAAAAGUAUGUAUUCGUCUCUUCAUUAAUCUUUCACUCUAACAGGCCUACUGGAAGAAAUUUCUUUUAGAAAUAAGUUGUGCCUUUUGUCUCUCCUCAUGUUGUCUCUUCAUGUACAAUAAAUUAAUUAACAAAAAACACUAACAUUUUCAUGAAAUUUCCGACUGGAAAUUCCACUUGAUAUUAACUCUGAAUCAUCCCCCUCAGUAUUUGUUACUGUGUCACUAACUUCCUGUAUAAUACGAGGUAGAUAUUGAUACUAAGCGCUUGAAGUUAAAGGCUUAAAAUUACCAUAUUGGGUAGAUAAUUGGGUGGAAUUUUGACGGACAGUAAGCGCCGGUUCGAACCCGGCACAGGACUUGCACCAAUGAGUUAUUAAUUUAUCUCAAGUGCAGACACUAACACAGUUGGCUCGACCAUUAUAGACGGCGAUACGGCUCACCUGACACGUUGGUCUAACAGAAAGCUCGGUGAGGCGUGGGUACUUAGUUCAUCUUGCGAUGGAUGUACCUCUGAGAUAUAGUUGUGAGCUUAUGUUAAAUGUUAUUAUAGUGCUCGAAUUUACAACAUUUUAAAUGAUUUCAAAAUCUCUCCUGAAACUUUUUGCUCGACAAUGUUAUUAUUUAUUAUGAUUAUAUUUAUAGAGACUACUUUGCAAUACAUACAAAACUUACCUAUUUACAGACAUUUUGUUGACGAUACUCAGGGCCGCUUCUCUCCGGAAUAUGAUUAUUUAGGGUGAGUGCCCUGAGUGCUUAGCUCUGAGUGGAAUUCUCUGCCGUCUUCUGUAUUUCCGAAUGCAUAUAACCCGGGUGCUUUCAAGGUCAGAGUGAACAGGCACCUUCUGGGCGAGUUCCAUCUUAGGCCUCGUCAAUGCCUUCGGGCAAGUCUGGGGCCAAGAGCAAACCCAUCAAAGGUAAAAAAAAUAUUGUCCGGCUACUUACAUAUGUCAGUCAACAAUAAUACUCUGGGAAACUUCUCUCCGGAAUAUGAUUACCUACACAGCCCUGAGUGCCCUGAGAGGUGAGGCUCUACAUUUCUCCGGGUUUGAUAACUGAGCCAUGUCAUGUAAAUGUCUGCUUCGAAACAUAGGUAUGGUUGUAUGGUGAACCAAAAUCAUGUUAAGUAUACAGGGUGUUAGUGACAUCGUAACGAAAACUUUGAGGGAUGAUUCAGACCAUGAUUCUGAGUCGAUAUCAAGUGGAUUUUUCCGUCGCAAAAAUCAUGUAUUUUUUUUUAGUUUUUUUAAAUUAUUUUCAAUUCUAUACUUUUGCGAUGGAAAAUUCCACUUGAUAUUAACUCAGAAUAAUCAGCUGAAUCAUCCCUCUCAGUAUUCGUUACGAUGUCACUUACACCCCGUACAAGUACAUACGGUAGCCAUACAAGUAGGUAUGGGUGUUAGUGACACCGUUACGAAUAUUGAGGGGGAUGAUUCAGACCAUGAUUCUGAGUUGAUAUCAAGUGGAAUUUCCUGUCAAAAAAUUCAUGAUUUUUUUUUGUUUUUUUUUUUUUAAUUAUUUUCCUAUCCAUACUUUUGCGACGGAAAAUUCCACUUGAUAUCGACUCAGAAUCAUGGUCCGAAUCAUCCCUCAAAGUUUUCGUUACGAUGUCACUAACACCCUGUACCUAUUAGAAUAUUUCAAAGUGGUCUUGUAGAAUCACUGAUGUGCCGUUCCCGGGAAUGUACGCAAAGUGGGAAUGUUCCCGUUGUAAAAACUCUUUAAUAGUAAAGACGCUUUGGUUUUCUAUUUCAAAUUGUUCUUUCUUGUACAGUCAUGAGCAAUAUAAUGUACCCACUUUAGGACUCUGUCGCACUAACAUACUUGACAUUUAGUGAGACUUACAGUUCAAUUUGUCAAAAAAGUUAAUGUGACAUGGUACCAAAGUGUAUACAUAUUAAUGCUCGUGACCGAACUCUGUAGGGUAACAUAAGCAACAUGAUAAAAUUUUGUCCCCGGAUCAUUUCGUCGAUUCUGACGAUAUGAUUAUGUCGUUUUGUCGAUUGGUGCUAAUAUGUGAACCCAAAUAGGACAUGUCGUUCUGUCAAAUUAUGAACAAUAUAACGUGGCAUGCAUGUUAGGGGAAAAAUGCCCAGAAUGGCGCAGGCUGGUGAUGAGGUGGGUACACGAGUUCGAGCAACAGCGCACGGCAGACCUCGCUAAACGUGAUGAGUUGAAGGCCCGUCCCCCUGCCGCUAUUCAUUAUAAUUACCAAAACGGUGUGCUCACGUGCCCUCACUGUGCGCGGGAGUUCACUGUAAAGAGGCUACAUAAGCCAUCUUCGGGCGCAUCAGCGUCGUGCCGACUAGGAGUCGAAGUGGUCGCCAUGGCCGAAAUCGGUCGGAGAGAUCAUCAUCAGGGGAAAAAAACUAGCCAUUUUGACAAAUUUUAUUGAAUCUAAAUAUAUGAAAGGAGAAACUGACGGACUGACAUAUCAACGCACAGCCUAAACGGCUAAACGUAGGUACUUGAAAUUUGGUAGGGACGUAGCUUAGGUACCGUAGAGGUGCACUAAGAAAGGAAUUCCCGGAAUUCCCACGGGAACGGGAAUUAGCGGGAAAAUCCUUUUGUAUGAAAAAUCUAAACCGCUUAAGUUAGACGCUUGAAAUUUGGCAUGCAGGUACCUCAGUAAACUUAAAGCUUAGUUGCAACAGGAUAUUGCAAAAUUCCCACGGGAACGGGAGUUAGCGGGAAAAAACAUUUGUAUGAAAAAAUCUAAACCGCGUAUAUUACGCGGUUUAGAUACACGCCACGCGGACGAAGUCGCGGGCAAAAGCUAGUCGAUCGAUUAUUGUAUUAUGUUGCGUAUGUUAGCCCUGCCGGUCUCAUCUGCCUAAAGGUCGGGCAAUAAAGCUCACUUUACAUAUUUUUUGCGCGUUCCCUGGGACGGGACAUCAUUGUGUAGAAUACUAUUUAUUUAGUAAGAUUGUUUAUACAAUGCGAUACCUUAAGUCAAUAGGGUUGGGGUAAAAAUUGUGUGAAUGGCGAUAUGCUUGUUUUUCAUUUAUAUUUUUAUACUAGCAACCUGGUGUUGGCACCAGAAGUGGUGCCAGUUUUGGCACCGCUUGUGCCACAUUUGGAACCAUUUGUGCCCCAUUUGGCACAAAUUGUGGCACCGAAUGUAGGACCGUCACAAAGAGAUAUAUUUUGGAAAAGGUUAUAACAAUCGGGAUAAAGAUAUUGUAUGGAAAGUUAAAUGAAUGCAGUUCCGAAAUUCGUAAAAAAAAUUAGUUAUCUUUUUUAUUAACUUCUAUGUAUUACUUACUUCAUUCCUUUAGUCUUAAUUAAAAAAAUAUUUUAAACACUUUCUUUUGAUGAUGGGUUUUGUCGUCUGCUUAGGUAAGAGAUAUUGACAAAAACUUUUUUCUUCUUUAUCUAAUUAAAUAAUAUAUAAGCCUAAAACCUUAGAUCAUGUAUAUAUUGAUAGACACAUUGUUCCACGUAAAAAUGAAACAAAAAUAACCCAAAGCCUACAAUACUCAAAUCAAAUAGUUUUAAUUUUUCUUUUUUCUUUGUACACUUAAAUUUCCGGGACCAUGAAUUAUCGGGAUUUCGGGACUGCGUUUUAUAAAAAUGAUAUGUCUAAAAUUAUCUUAGGCGGCAUACAGAGUUCUAUCUAUUUGUGAUUAAAAGAAAAAGAUACGCGGUAAAGACAAGUAGUCGAUCAUGGCCAGGCGCAUCAGUUUUUUUUUAACACUAAUUUAACAUCUGUCAAUCUUCCGUCCCUUUCCUUUGCGGUGGGUAAGAAGGGUGUGAAGGAUGUGACUGACGCAAUAUUACUAUUAAUUUUAAUACAUAAAGGGUUGAUUGAGGGGAGGCCUGUGCCCAGCAGAAGGACGUAUAUAGGCUGUUUAUGUCACUAACACCCUGUAAUAUAAAUUUUAAUAUUUAAAAAUGUAUUUUUUUUAUUAUUAUUAAAACUAGCUCUUAUUCUUUUCUGCACUUGUAGUUAGUGAGAGACGGAGCUACAUACAUAACAUAACAUAAACAGCCUAUAUACGUCCCACUGCUGGGUACAGGCCUCCACUCAAUCAACCGGAGGGGGUAUGGAGCAUACUCCACCACGCUGCUCCAAUGCGGGUUGGUGGAGAGACGGAGCUAAUAAAUUAAAAUAAAACUUUUAUCCGAAAGAAACUGCGCCAAUAAGUUUUUCAACGUAUCUUUUUCAUUUCAUCGAAUUUGUCGUUGUGUUCAAAUCCUUAUUAUUAGGCGAAACGCUUUUGAAGCAUUGAGGCUGAAAUGUACUCAAAGUACGUAUAGAAUGACAAAAGUUAUUGUAUUUUUUUUUCUUUACAUGUUUUUUUUAUAUAUCACGUUUUGGGUUUUUAAUACCAGGGACGACAAUACAAUACAAAUACACUUUAUUCCACCAAAAUAAAAAUAAAUAAUUACAAAAAGUCUCUUAACUAAGUACAUGGCAAAUGGCGGCCAAAUGAAUGAAUGGUGGUGGCAAUGACGACAUGUAACGUGUUUUAACAGACAUACAGCCAUAAGUUGACCCCACUAUCCUAAACCACAUCUCGCAGCACACAACCGUAUUUGUUCUUCCUACUGCGCGUGAGAGCCCUCAGCGCUUCCCAUUUGUCCGGCCAAAUAGUUAAUCCAUCUGCAGCAAAUCUAAAGAGCAUCAUCCGCGUAAGCGUCGUGUCCGUGCUUUAUUACCCUAGAUAGAUAAAAUACUUUAUUGAGCACAAUGGACACAAAACCCGUAACCGUAAACCGUAGUUAUUAAUAAGAAACUUGAUGAGCGGGACAUACGUCAAAACGGCCGACAUAGCAGCUAGUUUCUCCCACAAGCAGUGCUUAUCGCUAUCGACCCACUAGGGUCGAUUAAUUCUUUCAAAUAUUUUUCCUCUCAGACGACGCCCUGAGCCGAGGUUCGCGCCCAACUGGGCACCCUCAGGCCUGUUGUCUUAAACGUUGUACCGGGUGAGAGCUUUCAGCGCUCCCCGUUUGUCCGGCCAAGUAGUUAAUGCCAUCUACGGCAAAUUUACAAUAAGUCACGUCAAAAAAAGCAUCUAGUUUUGUUGUCUUUUGUAUUAAAUGCCUUAAUCUUCUUCUAUCGUGUGGGUUGUUAGGUGGACUACCAACCUUAUCAACCCUGGUGUCGAUAGAAGAAUGCCUUAAUUAAUAUGUUCCCUUUUUUCACCUAUAGAACGUACAAAAUUUGUAAAUCUACAUUCCUGAUUAUGUGUGUUUAUAUAUAACAUAAUAACCCCUUUGCUGACAUAGUUGUGUAUGAAUGAAUGUGUAUAUAAUGUUCGGAAAGUUUUCCUUUCAAAGAUUUUGUGAGCGUUGAAAUGGAUAUUUGACAUAAUUUUUGUAUAAAAGCCUAUUAGGUCUCAGUUCUUUCAACUUUUACACAUCGUUUGCUUACCCGAAAGGGAUCGUUUCCGCCUAUUGCCUUUUACAUUUCUUUUAUUGCAUAAAAGUCUUCAUCACUAAUUUAAUAGCUACACUCUUGUCGGUGUAGCAUUCUCCAUGCUACUUUUAAAGGGAAAAUUAGGGCAGUGGUUUCCCUCUUGCCUUCCGCCCCGCAGUACUCUGUCUGACGCGAGUGGGAUUGCGCCCAGAUAAGUCUAUUUCAAAGCAGUACUAGGACUCCUGUCCUCCGCCUCUGAAUAGUACUGACAGUUGCUGCUGCCCUCUGUCAGGUUCCAUAUUACAGUCCCUGUGACUUGCCCCUUCUGUCCUGCAUUGCCGUACCGAUGGCUCCCAUCUUCGCCUCUGCAACCGAGGGCAAGGUUUCUACGUUAUACCCCGUAGGUCUGGGUCCCUAUUCGAACUCAGCCACCAUCUCACUCCGGCCUACUGAAGUAAGAGGCGCCUACCCGCCGGCAAGGACGCGCCGAACAGGAAUUGCCCCAGUAGUAGCAUAGUAUAUUGUAUGUGACAAAUAUCCAUUAUGUCGUUUCACAUAAUUUUCAAUGGAAAACCAUAAUGAUUAGUAGCCAAUAUAAUUGUGUCAUAAUCAUUUGUAUAUAACCUAUGGUUAUAUUUAUUUAAUCUAUUGUUUAUUUAUUUUUUAAUUAAACGGGUUUUUGAGGAACUAAAGAAGCUAUGUUUAUGUUUCGUGAACAUUGUUUUAAAUUCGGCGAAAUGAAAUUGUUCAUUUUUACUAUGUUAUUUUUUAUACUAUGUAAACAUUUUCCAAAACAUUAUAAUUAAUCUUUGAGUAGCCAAAGGUGAAUAGGCAUUUAGGUAAGCGUGUACAUUGUUACGUUCCAUCGUCAUUAACCAACAGUAGAUUGUGGUCAAAUAAGAAUGAGGAUAAAAACUAGAUGCUCCAAUGUAGGCGGCAGCACGGUUGAGUGUUCUUAAAUUUUGAUAGCUCUCUAUACUGUCCAGCUAAAAUUCUUUACAAAUAGCUACAAAAUGUGAAGCAACGUGGAGUGUAUCCCGUCUGAAGGAUGAGUUACAAAAAAGAAAAGCCAUAAGUUGGCAAAAGGAAGUUUUGAUUGAAAAUAACUUCAUCUAAGUUUUCUUCUUUCCGUUCUUUACGGAAUAAAUAUAACGCUAUGUAUGUUUGUUUACUCAAAUAGUACGGGGUAUUGUCAAAAUUUAAGAACACUCAACAGUAGCGACACCUGAUGGGAGAAAUAGACAGUUUUAUCCUCAUUAACACGAACCUCAAGUACCUCAAGUCUUUUAACAAUGUCACUACUAAAAAGUAAUUCAUAGUUUUACUGAAGUGUGUAGUGUGUAGUGUGUGACAAGGGCCUUUGGUGGCUCAAUAAUAACCCUGACACCAGGGUUGAUACCUGACACAACCCAAACGAGAGAAGAUAAUUUCAUUUCGUCGAUAAAAUAUAAAUAAUGUUUUGUAUAAUAUUUAGUUUCUGUCAAAAACAUAUAGUGAAGGGGUCUUUAUAUGAUACUCUUAGUUCGGGAUUCGGUUAAAUGAUAAUUGUUUGUAUAAAAUGUAUUUACGAAUUGAGUCAUCAAUAAAUAAAUUGAAAUAAAAAUA